AUGUUGCGUUCUCUAUUCGCCUUGGCUUGGGCCAAUACUGCCCUUGCCGCGACUGUGACCUACAAUUGGGAGGCCACUUGGGUCAAUGUUGCUCCUAACAAUAUCUCGAGAGCCGUCAUUGGCAUCAACGGCCAAUGGCCUUGCCCCAAGAUCGAGGCCACCGUGGGAGACACUGUUGUUGUCCACCUCACCAACAAGCUUGGCAACCAGACCACCGGUAUUCACUUCCACGGCAUCGACCAGGUCAGCACCAACUGGAUGGACGGCCCCAGCAUGGUCACUCAGUGCCCUCUCCCUCCAGACCUGACCAUGACCUACUCCUUCACUGCUGAUACGGGUGGCACUUACUGGUGGCACUCCCACAACAUGGGCCAGUACCCUGACGGCAUGCGUGGUCCCCUGAUUAUUCACGACCCUGCGGACCCCUAUGCUGGGCAAUACGAUGAGGAGUACAUCCUGUCUGUUUCAGACUGGUACAACUCGGAAACCAUUCCUUUGGUACAGAACAUGCUGCUUCCGUCCAACACUCGCUUCGCGCCCCCUAUCCCCAACGGCAUCGUCGUCAACGAUGGACUCGGCGCCAAGUUCAACUUUGUGAAGGGAAAGACCUACCGCAUCCGCAUGAUCAACUACGCCGCCUUUGCUUCCUUCAUGAUUCACUUCGACUCUCACGACAUGAACGUCAUCAUGUCCGAUGCCGCCUUCAUCAAACAGAAGACCGCAUACAUGCUGCGCAUUUCUCCUGCUCAGCGUUAUGAUGUUCUCAUCAAGUGUAUUGACCGUGAUAACCGCAACUAUGGUUUCCUCGUCGCCGCCGAUAUCAACCGCGACUACAGCAACAAGGACUUUGCUCAAAGCUGGCCCUUCAACUACACUGGACAGCUCGUCAUGUUCCCCGACAGAACCUUUGGUGCCGACGUCGUCAAGGAGUGGCGCCCAUCUGACGAUGCGGUCUUCGAGCCCUACGGAGACGUCGCCAUCCUUCCCGCCGCCACCAAGAUCUUCCAGUUUGACUGGCAAUUUUGCUUCGACAAGAACGGCAUCCCGCGUGCUUGCGUGAACGGCUCCCCUUACGUCGACCAGAAGGUGCCCACUCUCUACACUGCCUCCACCACGGGCGAGAACAACACCAACCCCCUCGUCUAUGGCGCCGUCCACCCCUUUGUCGUAAACUACGGCGACAUUGUCGACAUCGUCGUCAACAACAACAACGACGCCAACCACCCCUUCCAUCUCCACGGCCACCACUUCCAGGUCGUCAGACGCCCCGCUUCCAACACGGGCGUCUGGCCCGGUGUCGCCCGCGCCCGCCUCAACCAGAAGCCCCCGCGCCGCGACACCGUCACUGUCAUGGGUAACUCCCACGCCGUCCUGCGCUUCGAGGCCAAGAACCCCGGCGUCUACCUCUUCCACUGCCACAUUGAGUGGCAUGUCGAGAUGGGUCUUACCGCCACCAUCAUCGAGGCCCCUGAGAGGCUCCGCAACCUCACCAUCCCGGAUGAUCACAAGGCCGCCUGCCGUGCUCAGGGUAUCCCUACUGCUGGUAACGCUGCUGGUAACACGGCCAACGUCCUUGAUCAGACUGGCAUGAACCUCGAGCCUUUCCCCACGUACACUGGGUAA